AUGUCUACUGGAGGCUUUGGCCCUGGUGCGAUCGUCGAAAUACCCGUGGGUCGUGGUAAACUUCGUUACAGCGGAACGACCCAUUUCGCUAAAGGCCAAUGGGUCGGAAUCGAGCUCUUUGAACCGAAGGGAAAGAACGAUGGCUCGAUUGAAGGGGAAAGAUACUUCAAUUGUACGAUGCCUUAUGGUGUGUUUGUGCGGCCGAGCCAGGUCAAACUUAUCAGCCCAGGUGAAGAGAAUGGUCUGCCGUUUUACUCAUUCGUAUUGUUUAAGGCGGCUCCUGUAACUGUAGUUCGACCUGCAGCCGGUCAUGUUCGGUCUUCAAGCAGUGGACGUGUCCUUGCAAACGCUGCUCGUAGUCCAGUUCCUGGUAGCCCCUCACCGGCAGGUUCUCGAUCUGACAGUCCGCGAGGGCGACCGAAAAUCACUCCAGCUACUCCUGCAACUCCUGCGAUUGCAUCUCCCAUUAGAACGAGACCCGUAGGUGCACUUUCUCCUACUAAACGGUCGAGUCUAGCUCCGCCGGCACUUAUCACCCGACCGAAUCAAACCCGCCAGAGGACUGGAACUGGAGAAAGCAUCCCUCCAACUCCUGUAACUGCAACUAUGAAACAAAGGUUGGCCGAACCGAAGCGCACCGAGUCUCCUACAUCCCUUUCACCAUCAACAUCGCAACAAACCUCUUCACCUCCAAUUCCUCCAAUAAACUUCGAUCAACCAGAAUCAGGACCUGAAUCUGAACAAGAAAUUCAAGAAAUCAAAGCAAAAAUUCGAGUACUCGAAGCCAAGCGCUCCGACGAUGCCAGGGUUAUCGAGAAACUGGAAUCACAACUCUCUGAAGUAAACCACUUUGUUGCCCUUCGCCCGAAGCUCCAACAAAAGCUUGCGACACUCCAACAGGAACUCAUCGCGAACCGGCGAGCGUUAGCUGACGCGGAACAGGUUCAAACCCUAGGUGAAAGCCGUCUGCUUGACGCUCAGGAACAACUCGAAUUGGCCAUGUUGGAUAAGGAAGUUGCGGAAGAACGAGCUGAGACAGCCGAACUGGAGCUGGUGUCGCUGCAGGAGAGAGUCGAAUCACUGGAGGUUGAACUUGAAACUCUCAGGGGAGGAGGUCAAGGCGGCGAAGUCGACGAUUCGGUCAAAUCAUCUCUUGCUUAUGCACAAUUGGAGAAACACAAUGAUCGGCUCAAGGAAGCAUUGAUUCGUUUACGUGACCAGAGUCGAGAAACGGAGCAAGAACAACGCCAUCGGAUAGCAGAAUUGGAGCGAGAGCUAAACACCUUGGAAGAAAUGAGCUCCCAAUAUGAAUCUACGCUUGGCAAGCUAUCAAACGCGGACAACCAAAUUGAUGAGCUGAAGGCCCAACUCGACGAUGCUCUCGGUGCCGAAGAAAUGCUUGAGCAACUUACAGAGCGCAAUCUGGUGCUCGGCGAGAAAAUCGCUGAGAUGACCAUCACUAUCGAGGACCUUGAAGCCUUGAAGGAGCUCAACGAUGAACUCGAAGAGAACCACGUUGAAACGGAGAAGCAGCUUAACGAGGAAAUCACGCAAAAAGAAACGCAGAUUAGAGAGCAAGUUAGGAAGAUAGCUGAGCUUGAAGGUGCUUGUCAAGACUUCGAAGGGACGAUCAAUCAAUUCAGAGACCUGGUCAUGCAGCUCCAAACUGAACUUGAUACAUUACGAAUGCAGACGCAAACGGCUCAAAACGAGUCGGCGACUGCGGCUUCACAAACGGCGGCCAUGAUGUCACUCAAUAUGAAGCUGCAGUCGUCUGCUUCUAAGCAUCAGGCUCGAAACAUCGAGAUAGAGCUUGCGAGGAUUCAAGCUAGGGAGACCAAGGAUCUAUAUGAGAUCGUCAAGCCCUACCUCCCUCAAGUUUACAUUGAUUCGGACAGUGAAGCAACACAGUGUUACCUGUACUUCCAGCGGAUGGCUGCUAAAGCUGACCUUAUAAACACUGCGGUUGCUCAGAGUCACGGACUUCCUGAAGCUUUGAACGGACAUGUUACCGAAGGAUUGGUCCGAACAUGCGAGCUGAGAGCACGAAUCAGCCGCAUGUCGAUAUUAUGCAAACGCUUCGCGUCUAUUCUGAAGCGGUGUGAUGUCGAGACAUUCCUAAAUAUAGGGCGGUUAUAUGCAGACGUUGCCCACUUUGAGAAACGUAUCGAUUUGCAUAUUGAUAUGCUUUGUCGUGAUGAAUUCCGUGACAUCGAAUGCGUCAAUGACGUCCAGAGGACUGCUCAAGCAUUCGGUCAUCUCGUCGAGAUGUACUCCGAAGGCUUCGACUUUGAUUUGGGAGAACGGGAGCUUGGUUAUGCUCAGAGCUUUGAUCAUGAAUUGGAUAACUUGUCGGCAUCACUUGCUCUUAUCAGUUCGAACAUCUCGGACAUAAUGAAGGACGAAGAUGUUACGGUCGAAUCUGAUGACGACCCGGAAGUCGAGCUCAUCCAGCCAUUCAAACGAGUGUUGGAUCAAGUCAAGGGAACGAAAGUCAUGUCGAAGCGAUUGACAAAACGUCUGGAAGAGCUGACGCAGGAUUCUGCUGCUCUCAAGCCUCAUCUCAUCCCUCAGCUCGAGGCUCUGGGAAAGAAAGUGCCUGAGCUCGUUGAUUUCGGUAUCACUCUCGCACACUCCAUCCUUCCUCAUUUCAGCACUAUUCAGAAUGACAAGGGAACACUACAUACAAAGACAGUUCUCGAAUUCGUAAAGCAGAAUGCUAUUGCAUUAAGCCCAGAUCAGAAGGAUGUCUCUCCUUGGGAUAUUAUCAGCGACGCUAUCAAGAAACUUACCCAAGAAGCCGCUGCUGUCGUUCCACUUGCGCUUGAGCCUGAGAAUAUCGUCAAAAUUUCUGCUACACCUCCAUGGGUUGUUCGCAUCGAAGAAGUCAAGGCAUCCUUAGCAAUAAACGUCGAAGCCGAACGGAAGGUCGCCCAGCUCAGUGAAGAAAUCCAAGGACUUGCUCGUGGAAUUAGGUCAAGAGAUCAAACUAUCCAAGAGUCGAGCGUUAAGAUCGAGCUCAUGGAACGUAGGAUGGAUGCGGUCAAGAAGCAAGCUGAUACAAUCACGAAUUUGGAAGCUGAGAUCGCGAAGGCGCGGAAGCAGGAACGAUCGUACGAAGACGCGAUUGAACAGUUGCAAUCUGAUUUGGACGCUUUGGAGCAAGAUAAUGCUAAAUUGAAGCAGCUCACUGCAGGGAUGGAGCGUCAACGUACGUUUGGUCCGCAACAGCAAGAAACUGAACUUGUAUCAGCAGAGAGCAACCUCGAAACAUCAUAUCUUCUGGAACAGAUCGAGGCAUUACGUGGCGCCGUCCGGUAUCUACGCCGCGAGAAUUCGUAUCUCAAGGGUCAGGAUCUACUUAAGGAAAUACAGGCACUUCCUCCUCUACCAGACUUCUCUUCGCGGUCUACCACGCCAGAGCUGGACCCAUCAGGCUCAGCAAGCGAAUCAGAUAGCGACUCAGAAGUGCCACAACCACCAUCUCUUCGUUCAUUAGCGACCGAGACAAGCAUUCUUUAUCGUGACGUACUCACCUUCUCUUCAACACCACGUGUUGUUGAUUUAUCGAUGAUCAACAAGAAACGGAUGGAUGCGAUGAACCAUGAGCGAAGUUGGUUACCGAAGAGGCUGAUGCCCUCAUAUCAGCUUUUACAACGAAAACAGGCGGCUGAGGAACUUAGUCGACGAGUAAAGGGGUUAAUGAAACGGGCUAAUUCGAUAGGCGUUACGUAUUAA